ACCUGCAGUACCUGUAUGCAUUCUCUGUCACACCCAUGAGCUCCAUGGACGAGAAAGAGCUGACUCAGCAACCACCCACUGCCACCAACUGUCCCUACACUGAACUAGUCAAAUCUUUGAGUGAGUUUCAAGAGGAGGCUGGGCCUAACUUCUUCUUUGAUCAGAGGCUCUUGAUUCAGCUCAUCGCAAACAGAAGAAACAACAGGACGGAGGACCCCCUGCAAAGAGACGACCCCCUCCCCAGCCCAGGGGGCCGUGCUGGUUCACACUGUGCAGAGGGAGUCUCAAGAGGAGGCUGGGCCUAACUUCUUCUUUGAUCAGAGGGCUCUUGAUUCUGCUCAUCGCAAACAGAAGAGACAACAGGACGGAGGACCCCCUGCAAAGAGACGACCCCCUCCCCAGCCCAGGGGGCCGUGCUGGUUCUGUCUGGGGGGCAAGGAGGUGGAGAAACAUCUCGUGGUCUCCAUCGGAGAUCAUACGUACCUGGCUUUAUCCAAGGGUGGGAUGGUACCAGAGCAUGUGCUGGUCCUACCCAUCGGUCACUAUGCAGCCUCCACUGACACACCACCAGAGGUUUUGGAGGAGCUUGGAAAGUUUAAGAGUGCUCUGAGGAAGUACAAUGUACUUCAACAGCAAAGAUCAGUCGUGUGUCAUCUUUGAGAGAAACUACAAAUCACAGCAUCUUCAACUGCAGCCUCACAUAGAACUCGCUGUCGUUACCAGCAAUGACACAAUUAUCCGCUCAGUGAUAGUCUUUGCCGAAGGAUUGUUUGAGGGGGAGAGCCAUGUCGUGCACCCCCCUCCCUCCAAACUGAGCAACACAAUCAAGGUACCCCUCUUCCCCCAGAAAGACACUCCAGUGGAACUAAACGUGAAAGUAUUUGUGGGUCAAGUCUCAAGCACUCAAUACCACGUUUUUGAGGCUUCCCGCCCUCUACCGAGAUUCUCCUUGUACAUCCCCUGCAGUGUCGACAUACAGCCCCGUCCAAUUGGCACAGUGACUUUUAACCUCUCUGAGAGACUGGACAGACUAAAGUCAUGGAUUGAUGACAGUUUCAUGUACGCCCCUGGUGACGAUGCAGUGACCACGCCCACUCUCUCCGUUGCGUACCUCUCACUGCGUACCAACAGCCCCCUCCUCAUGACCAUGGACCCUGCUCAGAGCGGCAAGACCACCCUUCACACUGACGAUAUGGACCUGGCCGGUGACAUCAUUCAAUCUCUGGCCACCUAUUUAGGAAUUGAGGAUCUGGAAGUGGUGGCCGAGUUCCCCAAGCACAUGGAGGAGCUGCGUAGUGUGUUGUCACAGGUAGACGAAUACCACAAGGUACGACAGAGACUCACGGCUGAGAUGGCCGACAACUCGGGCGUGAUACGUAACCUGGUGGUGAGGGCAGAGGACGCGAGGAUGAUAAACGAUAUGACCAACAUGAAGAAGGCAUACAUGCAGCUGUACGAUCUGAACAAGGACAUUGUAACCGGCUACAAGAUACGCUCCAAUAAUCACAUGGAGCUGCUGGAAUGCCUCAAGAUAGUCAACCAGGCCAUCCAGAAAGCUGGGAAGUUGAGAGUCGGUCGCCCUAAGGCUAAAGUGAUCUCGGGCUGUAGGACUGCCAUAAAGAACAAAGAGGUGGAGACACUGUUCAAGAUCAUGAGAUCCGGUGCUAACUAGCCCUUGUAUAUGUACUGUGUCUAAUAAUUAAAUGUAUAGACAGACCUGUUAUCACAGCAAACCGAUCACUUAAUUAAAAAUUAAUGUGCCCAUUGGAUUUUAAUUGUUUUAAUUGUGGAUUAAUUAUUAUAAAAG